GCAGAGCAGUGGCCGCUGGUGCAGAGCUGCCGCCCGGGGUCCACUGUGGGGUCAGCGGGACUGCGCGCAGCCGGAGUUUGCAGGGGUGCCACGGAGCGCAACCCCCCCGGAGACGGUGCCACCUGCGUCCCGGGUUGUUAAAUGAGAAGUGCACACAGUAGUCCCUGUUUGCUGUCUGCAGACGGUGUUCACAGCUAUAGGAGGAAGGCUCGCAGGACAGGGAUCAAGAGGCUGGCGCUCUCCUAUACCAAUAGUCCGGAAGUAGCAACAGCUUUUAACUACGAUGAUCUUUUGUUAUUCAGCAAUUGGGGAGAACUUAAGAGCUGAGGAAGAGUGAUUUCAAGGCCAAGAAAGAAGAGAGACUCUUACCAUAACAGCAUUUCAAAGAGGUACUUUGCCAGAGCUUGGAAUACUUUUUUGAGCAAACAUCUCUCCAAGGAAGACACAGCACCCUGCCCCCCAUGUGACUGCCUCUGAGCGACUGGCUUCUCCUGUCAGCGGUGGCCUUUCCUGUCCCUGCCAUGGGACCCCCAGGCGGUGUGCUGAGCGGCGGCAGUCAGGCGCAGGUCAUCCUGUGGGGAAGUCUGGCCGCUGUCGCCGUGUUCUUCCUCAUUGUCAUCCUCAUCUUUCUGUGCUCGAGUUGUGACAGAGAAAAGAAACCAAGACAGCACAGCGGGGACCAUGAGAACCUGAUGAACGUGCCUUCAGACAAGGAGAUGUUCAGCCAUUCAGUGACCAGCCUGGCGACAGAUGCUCUUGUCAGCAGUGAACAGAACGGUGCACUCACCAAUGGUGACAUCCUUUCAGAAGACAGCACCCUGACCUGCAUGCAGCAUUACGAGGAAGUCCAGACCUCGGCGUCAGACCUGCUGGACUCCCAGGACAGCACAGGGAAGUCCAAGUGUCAUCAGAGUCGGGAGCUGCCCAGGAUCCCCCCCGAGAGUGCUGUGGACACGAUGCUCACGGAGAGGAGCGUGGACGGCGAGCAGGGUCCAGGCACCGAGGGGCCGUACGAGGUGCUCAAGGACAGCUCCUCGCAGGAGAACAUGGUAGAGGACUGCUUGUAUGAAACUGUGAAGGAAAUCAAGGAGGUGGCGACAGCCACACACGUGGACAGAGGCCACGGUGGCAAGUCCAGGUCGACUCCCACCUUGAAAGAGCUUCCGGGGCUCCAAACGGAGGGCAGAGCAGACUUUGCUGAAUAUGCCUCUGUGGACAGAAACAAAAAGUGUCGCCAGAGCGUGAAUGCAGAGAGCAUUCUGGGAACGUCAUGUGAGCUGGAAGAGGAGGCCCCGCCGCCUGUUCCUGUUAAGCUUCUGGAUGAGAAUGAAAACCUUCAAGAGAAGGAGGCGAGCACAGCAGCAGAGCAGACUGCAGAGGCGACCGGGGAGACCAACAAGAGAUUUAGCUCAUUGUCCUACAAGUCUCGGGAAGAAGAUCCAACUCUCACAGAAGAAGAGAUCUCAGCCAUGUACUCAUCAGUGAAUAAACCCGGACAGUCGGUGCAUAAAUCAGGACAGUCACUUCAGCCACCAGAGACCGCCUACACCUCCAUUGAAGGGGCUCCUCAGAGGUCGCCCUCUUCCUGUAAUGACCUCUACGCUACGGUGAAAGACUUUGAGAAAACACCUAACAAUGUCAGCGCCCUCCCACUGGCAGGGAGACCCAGUGAGGAGCUGGAGCCAGACUAUGAAGCAAUACAGACUCUAAACAGAGAGGAAGAAAAGGCCCCCCUGGAGACCGGUAGCCACCAGGGGCCUGUCCCUAAGGAGAAUGACUAUGAGAGCAUUGGAGACUUGCAGCAAUGCAGGGAUGUCACCAGGCUCUAGCAAGGCAGAAGACCUCUCCAGAGAGCCUGUGAUUAGCUUCUGGGGACAGUUCUUCAGUGGAAGGGAAGUGACAUCAACCUACCUUUUGUAUGCUGCUUUCGUGAACUGAAGACAGUUGCACAUGCCGGGACUAUUUCCCCGGUUCUGAAAUGGUGAGGUACAGACCUGCCCUGCGUGUGGGGCUGCCAGCCUGGGGACAGGCUCACCCCAGCACAUGCACAAACUCCUUCUUGCAUCCUCGUCCUCCUCAAAUGAUCCCAGCUUCCCAGGAUUCGUCCUAUGGAUGAGGAAGCCAAGCUGUAAGAGCGAACUCCAGUCCACCUGCCUGAAAUACUGCCAUUCAGAAGAGCCAGGGUUUUCUUCCUCUCUUCUCUUUUCUCUUCUGCUACUAACUUUAAAACAUACGGCAUUUGCCCCCUUUUGAAAUAUUCUGAUUUCUAUGGCUCUUUCAAGGAAAUCCUCCCCUAGGAGUUGGCACUGGCCUUCAGCAUGGACUGCCAGCCGUGGGGAAUCCAAACUCUGCAGGAAAAUAGGUGUGGGGCAGGACGGCCCUUGAGUCUCUUAGGUCCUCGUUCCUUCUUAUGUUGGCACUGCAAAUCGGCAGCCUUUCCCCAAAGCACUUGCAGUCAUUUUUAAAUGAUUUUUUUUAUGUUUCUAGUCAGAACUGUUUGCCCCUCAGUGUUUAAAAACUCAUCAGAGUCUUUUUCAGUAUUUUCAACAAAUCUCACGGUACUUCUGCACUUGUGUGAGCCCAGGACUCGUUCCCUUCAAAACAGAGAGCCUUAAUUUCACGUCAGGGCACAGGCCACACGUGGGUGGCAGCCGUGGCUUCCCUCCCCCAAGGGCUGUGGACGUGAAGUGUACUUCUGGUGAUCUCUGCCACCACCCCAGGGUGGACUUUCCUAAGUUAUCUUCUACUUCAAGGUAACCUUAAUCUAUCUGAAGUUCAAAUGUAAACAUUUAUUUUUAUUAUGUAAAUUUAUAAGAUGUCUUAUGUUUAAUGCCUAGUUUCUAGAAAAUACCAGAAAAUGUAUAUGAACUAUUUUGAUUUUAUGUACAAUGAUUUUUACUCUCCUUUUGAAAAGACACCCUAAAGCACAUAAGCUAGAUGAUGACAAGCAGCUGUUAUUUUUUCUUUCAAACAAGUGUUUGAAAUGUUGAAAGUUUGUUAAAGACCCAGCUUUGCAAUGGUACUUAGUCUAAUCCAAAUCAACUAAACUACUGGAGAAAUAAAUGCAGUGGGCAUAAAUAAUCAUUUUUCCAGGGUCAGGGUGAGUAAUAUUGAAAUACCUGAAAUGGUAAAAAUGGAAAAAUAUGACUAAUGAAUUGUGAAUCUCCCAAACGUAUUAUACUUUUAUUAAAGUUGAAUGACAUUUUUCAAGAAAACAGUGAUGAAUUCUGCCGUUCCGUGCUUGCUAAUGCAAAUUAGCUAUUAGAAUUGUUUUCUUCAUUUUAUAAAAAAUCACUGGCUGAAAUAGCUCAGAUUGAGAACUCUGCCUGGUUUGAAUUUAAUCAUCAUUUUAGACUGGAUAAGGCCACCAUUGGAGAACUGUUCACUUUGCAUUUUAAAAGGAGCCUAGUGAAAGUAUCAUCAGGAAGCGUGGGCAACAAAGGGGACUGUGUCCUGCGCCAACAAAGAGGUGAGCCGUCAUGUCACACCUCAGUGACAUCUGUGACUAUAAAGAUUUGAUAAUCUUGCUGUUUUCCCUCCUUCUGACAAAGAAUGAGAUUGGGAGGGUGAAGCAUCUUGAGAACUGUAGCGACCAUCUCUCUGGCCUGUGUUUCUGACCUUGUAUUCAGGGACUGGCUUUGUGACUGGCUCUGUAAGACACUUCUGAGGUUGCUAAGAGGAUUCUUCCAGUGUGCGCUGGUUGGUUGUCACCGUCUUUCAGUCAGCCUGGUCUCUCCCAGAAGACCUCAUGUGCAUAAGCACAGUCAUUGUUGGUUAGAAAGUAUUGGCGGAAUACCCCCAAUCCCUUGAGUGAACUAUCAGGAAAAUGCAACCACUUCCUCUCUGAAUUCAGAUCGUUCAUAAGUACUGCCUACUGAUUUUCACCAUUUUGUAUUAAUAAGUUUGACCCAAUAGUCUCUCGGGUCACAGGCACCCUUAGUACGCAGUGACAACUGUGUCACACAACACACCUCCAUUGUGCAGGCUCACUACCUACAGCCUAGAAGUUCUAUUGCAUUUCCUCACGGCUUUUUGUCAUCAGGGAAGCAGGUAUGAUCUCGAAAGUGUAAAACCCCUUUCUUUAGUAAGGGACAAGUUCUUAAUAAAUAAUCAUAUAAUCUUCAGAUUGCUACUGUUCAAGUACAGGUUAUGCAAUCUAGUCAUAAAAUUUGCCCUGAAAGCUCUCUCUUCAUUUGAAAGCCAGUGAUAAGAAUGAGUUGUGACAGAAACUAUUUUAAAAGAAACCAGAAGACCAUCCAGCAACAAUUCUGAAACAAUCAAUGACAGAACAGCCCACAAGGCCUGGGGGAGGAGAAACAAGCAUUAGGAAGACAGCUGUGCGCUUCAGAGCACUGGGUAUAUUAUGAAAGCUUCUUUUCUGAAGUAUCCUCCUUGUUCUGUCUUUAUUGUACAGUUUUUCAUAAGUUUUAUCUCUCUCACUUUGUUCAAAAUCUGUGAGUUGGACAGAAGCCUGCAGGUUCUCUGUGAAAGUUUUAUGUUGAGUGAAAUGCUACAGAGUUUAAAUGUAUGAAAGGUAGUUAUCCAGAACAGAAUUCACUGUAUAUUUAAAAUUCCAACUGAUAUCCAUAGUAUGCAUCCAGUUAUAAUGAUCUAGGUUAUGUGAAUUUAUAUAAAAAGAUAAAAAUAAAUUUUAGGAAGGUUUUUUUGUUCUAUAAAUCAGAAUUGUAGAUAUAUCUUGGUUAGAUAUAGUAGCAGCUCUUGGUUCAGAUGUAUUGAAAGUAUAGAAGAAUUUCAUGAUGAUUUUAAUAUUUCCCGACUAUAGUCAGCAGGGAAGUGUAACUGUUUUGUAUGAAAUGUUUGCGAAAUCCUAGGAGAAAGUAGUUUUGGGAAAUAAGUUGGCUAUAUACUUUUUUCUUUGUGCUGAUCUAAAUUAUAUCAUUAAGUCUGUUAAAAAAUGCUGUACCAAUAUUCUGCUUGGAGAAAAAAAAUCCCAGAGUUAAUUGUAAUUGAGUUUUAAAUUAACAACAGGUAGUCAACACAGGGAAUGAAAAUUGAACCUCAGUAUGCCAGUCCACUUCCCUUGACUUUCAUUUUUGUAAUUAGAGAAUUCACUUAUGUUAACCAGUAAUAAACUAUAUGUGAAUACACACAUGUAUGUGUGCAUGUAUAGUUGGUGCUGGUACAGUCCUGCUGCAAUUAAUUAAUUAGGAUAUGCUCUGUUAGUAUUCAGAAUGUUUAUACUACUAGUAUGGUAAACCUUUGUCACAAAAGUAGAACUAGAAAAAACAGUUCUCCAUAGUUUUUAUUUGGUAAUUAUGAGAAAAUCUUUUUGAGUCACCCUCAUUUAAUUUUUCUAAUGAACACAUUCAGAUUUUAAAUCAUGUCCAGAAUUCUCUAGGCUGAAAACCAGCAUAUUUUAAGAUAGUUUUGUUGUGUAAGUCACUAUGUAUCCAACCUGAGAGGAGGAAUUGUAAAUAGGUAUACUUCUCAGAUACAUGUUCAAGAAGACGUUUGGCCAAAAGCAGUAAGAUCAAAGCCUGAGCCGGGAUGAACCCGGGGGACCCCGUAUGCCAGGUAGCAGGGACAGAACUGGGUAUCGUGUGUGGCAGUCUCUCUAAACCCCCAGAUUUUACAGUGGAAUCGCAAUCAGUGAUGUAAUAUGACGUGAUGAAAACUGCCCUGAGAUGAUACCCUCUCUGAGAUGAUAGGACCCCACUUCCAGACGAAUCAGGACUUUACAAAUGAGUAAAUAAUGCUUCCUUCAAUGCUCCGUGUAAUCACUGCUGCCAUUCUGCUCAGAGUGUUGAUUUCUGGUCCUACCAGCUUAACUUUGGCUGCUGAAAGCACAGAAGAUACUGAUGGUUAUUUCCUGGGAAUCUUCACAGGUUUAUUGUACUAUGUAAUUGGGAAAAUUUAAAGUGUGAUGUUUGCUGUUAAUAAGUGACUGGUGUGAAAAUGCGAACAUGUGUCUAUGAUACCGAAUGUGGCUUUAUUUGCAAUGAAACCUAAAUUCCUUAUCUUUUAUUAUUAUUUUUUUUUUUUUUUUUUUUUUUUUGGUACCAGGGAUUGAACUCACAAACUCGCGCUUGGCCAGGGAGGCACUUGUGCCACUGAGCUAAAUCCCUGCCAAAAUUCCUAACCUUAUAGUACUAUUUUAUUGCUCUCUAUCUUUUCUUAAAUAUAUUAUUUCUGCUAGUGACAUUAAGCACAUUUAGAUUGAAAAUGUUUGACUUAAACACAAAAGACAUCAGUCCAGAAACCAUGAUAAAUAAGAAUCUUUAUCUGGAAUCACCAAAUUAUCUUUUAACAUAAUGGCCCAGAGAGAGCAAAUAUACAUGUGUGUGGGUUUUUUUUUUUUAAGUCUACUGAUCAUUUUUAGAUGUGUUUACAUCUAGAUUCUAAUAUUUGUAAAGUACCUCACUUUUCAGAUUCUUUUAAGUGAGAAAUAGUUCUAAUUCUUCUUAAUGUCACAUGCAAUGAGAAAUAGGAUUCUGUUAAAAAGACAUUUUUGAAAAGCUUUCAAUAUGAUAUUCAUUUAUCAUAUUCCAGAAAGAUUCUUCUUUGCUUACCACUUAUAUAAUGGGUGUUUUUCAAAAAUAUAUUGUGUUCUUAUUGUCACCCCCCACUUUGUAUGGCAGAUUAUAAAGGUCGUCAGCCUCAGACUACUGUGUGUUAAACUGGCCAUAGUAAAAUGCUUUAAUGUCAUUACUUUUUAAAUAAUUGUGUUGUGUUAAUGUGCCACAUGUUUUCUGGGUAACUUUGAAAGACAGAGCCAAGCAAACAAAAGUCUGUGAGAAAUAGGAAUUGCUAAUUUAUUAUGUGUGUGUUUUUUCCUUAUAAACAUGAAAUGUUAUCUCUUAGCGGUUACAAACAGUCUGAAAGUACUUCCCCCUCCUCAAAAACAUAAAAAAAAAAACAAAGUGACACCAGCAGUUUUAUUCAUUGUCUCAAAAAAUCUUAAUAAGGGUCAAAUUGUCCAGUUCUCAAGAGUGGGAAGUUGUUUGCAAUAGCAAAGAUUUUUAAACCUUAGUUUUACAAGUCCAGAAUUAUCUCGUGUUAUAUUCAACAUCAUUUCCUCUCCUGACUCUAGUCUUUUUAAGGAGAAAGUCUGAAGGAGGACACCAAGUCACUAUUUCUGCCGGCCUCCUCCUGGCUCCUCCCAGGGUUCUGUCACUGCCACAACAGGUUCUGUCAUUGUCCCUUUGUAUAGCACCCUGCCACGCACCCAGCUGUGGGUCAUAUCAUUGUCAGUUCUGCAGAAUCAUUCCCCAUUAUGGCUGAGUAACCUGACAACUCUGCCCAGGUCAAACUGUACCCCAAAUUUGCCUAAGGAAGCAGGAAAUGCUGGUGUUGUCAUGUGUUUUGCCAAACCAACUACAUUCCUGCACCUUUUUCAUGAGCAUGAUUGACACAGGGGACCAUGGAAAAAACUUUUUAAAAUAUCGUGGAGGAUUCAAACUCACAAAUACAGAAAUAGCAGCACCAUGCUCUCAUGGGAACAGUAAGCUCACUGUCCCCCGCAGUGUUCUGAGCUGUCCUGCUUCAUCUCAAGGUCCAGGGAAAGAGCACCCUCACUGACCACCGUGUUGAAGCAAGACCAUUGUAUCAGCCACAGAACAACGUUACAAGUACAGGAGGAGGAAGUUGGUGUUUUCUUAAGGGUAGAAAAUCCUGAUGACAGUUUCUCCUUUUUAAAGUCAACUUGUCCUAGAAUGUCUUAGCUGGGUAGCUGUUAGACUUCCUCCCCUUAUGAAAUGGUGCUCUUAAGUUGUGUUAGUUUUAACGACUUUGCUGUACUCUCUUAGAUCUGAAGAAAACAGAAUAUUCCAGCAUCUAAAUGGGAAGUUACCAGACACCGAGAGUAAGUGGGCUCUCCCUAGUCAAACAGUCUGGUUUUGGGCGUAGGAAACCAGGUGCCCUCUGUCGGCCCAGGUGACGGAGUGAGGGAGCAGUUGAGGGUCUCAUCUUCUGUACACAAAGAAGCUGAGUACACAGAACUCUGCUGUUUUCACCUCACUCUAAGUCACCAUAUCUCAUCUUGAGCAGCUAUUCUGGAGUAGAUUUGGGGUUUUUUUCAAAACUGGCAGAAUAGGUAGCUGCUUAUUCUCUUCCUGCGUGUUUUAAAAGCCUACCACUGGACACAGCUCAUGCUGUGUUUAGUUUGUUUAGUUUGUUUCUUUAACUCAACACACUGAAAACCAUGAGGUUUAAACAGCUUCCUUUCCCUUUCCUAAGCUUAGAAGGGUCUCUUUUUAACCUUUAGCUCCUCCACUUAGGUCGUGGAGGCUUUUUUUUGAACGACAGCAGUGACCUUCGCUAGGUAAAGCCACUAAAACCAAAAAGCCAGAUUCUGUCUCUAGAGGAUUUUCAACGUUCCUUUGACAAAUGUCUGUGCAAAACCAAUCAGUGAACCUCACAUGACAUUCAUCACCGGUCCUUAAGCUUGCUUGCUUGAUGACUGGCUUUUUAAUUUUUAUUUUUGGGAUAUAAACAUUUCUCAUUUUCUCUGAAGCCACACUAGCCUAAUUCCUGUCGCUUCUCCACAACAGCCUGCUCAUGCCCUAUGGGUGACGGUGCGUCCAGCAGCUCUUGUCUUAUGGGCAGAAACCAUGUGAAAAAUGCCACAGAAGAUGGAUUUUAGGUUCAAGUCCAUAAUCAUUUGAGAACAUUCUACAUGCUUAGAUUUUUACACUUUAAUUUUUUUUAAGUACUGACUACAUAUUUUACUUGGGGGAGGGAGUAAAAGGAACAUUUUAGCUAAGGGCUAAAAUAACCACUAAUAUGGGCGCUUACAUGGGUGAUUUCUGCCCUUGUGUUUGUAUAUCUCUCUGGAAAAUAGAUUGUCCCACCUCUGUCACCCAGAGACUUUUAGUAGUAAACAAUGAAUAAAUGUAAACAAAAAAAUUAUUUCAAAGAUCUAAUUGUUCCUUUAGGUAUUUUCUUCUUUUUAAACUCAGGAAUAAACCUGGUUCAUGUGUAGCAUAAUAUGGCUGUUGAAACUGUAAUAUGUAAAUUACUAUAGGGUCCUUUUAAAUACACUUUUUCUAAAGACUUCUAGCUUUGUUUCAGUGAGUAAGAGAAGCCCUUAUAGUAAGAAAUGCAGAACAAAAAAACUUCUACAAACUCUUUCGAGAAGAAUGUAGCAUCAGUCCACCAUCCAUCCCAGAGUUUCUCAUCUGUUGUAUUUCAACAAUUUUUAUGGCUGAAAAAUAAUGAAGAAAAAUAAUUUUUAUAUUUUGGAAAAGUGAAUUGAGGUGUUGAAUUAAAUUCUCAAAGGAAAUUUCUCAAAGAAAAGCAUUGGUUUUGGAGACAAGAACACAGGGCUGUGGUCCCUGUUCCAGCAUUGACUUUACUGUGUGACCUCAAGCAAAUGGUUUAACAUUUUGUGCCUCAGUUUCUCCAUAUAUAAAUGUGGGGAUGAUACCAACCAUUGCCUACCUCAUAGGGAUGUUUGGGGGACAUAUGAGAUAAUGUUGAUAAGUACGAAUGCUUUCAUCUCUUUAGAAGAAAGGUGCUAUAUAAAUUGAAGUUAGUUUGUUUUAAUGCUCCAGUUAUUAAUUAUGUUUAGGGUUUAGAUAAUAGCAAUACUGUUAGUUGUGUUAAGAAUACCUUUCAAUUUAAUGCAUAUUUCCAAUUCUCUUCUGUGGCCACAUCUCAUCUAGUAAUGGUACCUAAGGAACCAAAAUGAGUAUUUGUUUUUCUGUGUUUCUGCUGGAGGUAUUUCAAUUAUAAAUAUUCAGAAAAGCCUGAAGUUUAACUUGUAAUAUCUUAUGGUUUACAUGUAAUAAACCUUAUUCAAGCUGUAUAUAAAAAGUAUAAUUACAAGUAAAGUAUAAUUACAGGUAAAUAGCAGGUACAUUGUAAUUAAAGGCACUUAUCAAA